AUGGCACCCGCGCAAGCAUAUGUGUCCAGCUACCCCCCGCGAAUCCGCCAAUACACGAAUACUCUCCUUCAACCUGUUCUCCAGACCCAAAAUGUCGCCCCAGGCGGUCGCACCACCAAACGAGGGACAACGAUAAUCAACUACGCAGAUGAUGCCUACGAUGAGGACGACUUUGAAGACAGCGAAGGUCCCCGGCGACCGACAGGUUUGCGAUCGUUGCGACGGGAGGAACUUGAGAAAAAGGAACCGCAGCAUGACAAGGUGGGCAAGGAAAUACAUGAACCCGUGGAUUUGCAACCAAUAUACCGAGACUGGAUGAUCAGGAGGACAGUCAGGCCCACGACAGAUUCCCAGGUGCAUAUUCAAUCGCAACUCCCACUGACCCUUAUACCCAUACGUAUCGAUCUCGAUGUACCACCCCACCAGCCCGAAGCUCCUUUUCCUCUGCCACGCGCGGGGGUCGAUACCGGAGUCAACCCUUCGCUACCAAUGUUCAAGAAACCUGAACAAUUGCCGGGCUACAAGAUACGCGAUAUCUUUUUGUGGAAUCUACACGAGAACCUGCUUACCCCGGAUGACUUUGCUUUGUGCUUUGUGCGCGAGCUCGACCUACCUAACCAAACAGGCCUUGCGAUGAACGUCAGUCAACAAAUACGAACUCAGCUUGAGGAUUACGCCGGCGUAGCCAUGCAUCCACUCUUCCACACCCAGCGAAAGAGAUCGCAAAUGCCCGACACAAAUCCCGCUCCCACGCCGUCGGCUUUCGUCACCGGAAGCUCUCGUGGCGGCACACCCCGGCCUCUCCUUGGAGCGUCAAUAUCUCGUCCAGCCUCUACAACACCCGGGACCCCUGCUGCUUCUACUCCCCAUCCUAUUACAUUGACCAACGGCGCAUCAAUAACGGCAGUUGCUUCUCCGCUGCCACCGGAACCACAAACGGAGCAGCAGGAUGACUCUGAAGAUCCAUAUCUCAAUCCUGACGACACUUACCGCUGCAUAAUCACGCUCUCAAUUUAUCUCUCUUCAAAACUCUACCAAGACAAAUUUGAAUGGUCGUUGCUACAUCCGCCCGGUGCUGCGGAGGCAUUUGCAAGACAGACUUGUGCGGACAUGGGAUUGGGCGGCGAAUGGGUCAUGGCCAUCACCCACGCAAUUUACGAAGCAGUUUUGCGAUUGAAAAAAGAGGCUUGCGAAGGUGGCAUGCUCAUGAUUGGUGGAAAUCCCUUAGGUGAAAUCGACAAUCAAGCUGUCCGAGCUGAGGAAGGCGCCGGGUGGCGAUACGACAUUGACGAUUUUGGUGCCGAAUGGGAACCGAAAUUCGAGGCCCUGAGCAAAGAAGAGAUUGAGAAGAGAGAGGGUGAUAGAGAACGACAGCUGAGGAGAUUGCGAAGAGAGACUGCCAAAUUCAGCUCAACGGCUGGAAUGGUGCUCUCCGCUCGAGAACAGGAAGCACAGCAACGAGGAAGUUAUUUCGAUUACACCACCAUCGGCAGUGCUGGUACAGGGGAGGAGACGCCACUGAUGGGCCGGGGGGAGAGAAGUAAGAAGAAACGGCGGUUCAGAUCGCUCUCUCCUGUUGCCAAGGCGCAGACCCCGGACGCUACUGGAAGCUCUGCUGGUGCAGGAUGGGGAGGCGAAGGUAACCGAUUGCAGGAGUACGAGAGGCAGAAUUGGAGGUGUAAACAUUGUCUUAUUUGGGGCAGUGCCGUGUGGGCGGUGCGGGAUGGACCCAUGGGCCCCAGGACGCUGUGCAAUAGCUGUGGCUUGAUCUACGAGCGAGACAAGAAAUUGCCCGUAUGGAACGCAGGGUUGCACAAGCAUACCUUGUACCUCGGAAGGUAA